GAGCCCUGAAAGCUGUCGCACAGCUGUCUCCCUCCCCCAGGUGGGUCCAGUAGGACCUGCCAUCGCUUGGUUCAGCAAGGGAGUAUUCAGAAUCUCACUGUUCAUCCAUGUGCAGAGAGAGAAAAAAGAGAGGCCGAAAAAAAAAAAUCCCACAUUGUCAGAGUAAUGCCAAACUCUCUCUGAGUGGGAUGAGCAGAGCAGAUGCUGCAAUGAGAUGCCAAAGCGGCUCCCCUUCCUCUGUGCCUUGGGUGCCUAUAAAUUGCUCCGGCGCGCGUUUGUCAGCCUCCUCUUCUCCUGGCAGGUGGUACCCAGGCAGAAUUCUGCCUUCAGUCUCUCUCUCGCUCCGCUCCUGGCCGUGAGGCGCUCGCCGCUGCUCGCUCGCUCCUCCGCCCCAGCUCUGAGCCUCGCCGUGCCGACCGUGCCCGCCGCCGCCGCCGCUGGGCGCACCCGGGGGACGCCCGGGCCCACGCAGGGCUUUGGGGUGCGCGUCUAUUCGAGUUGUGGUGGUGGCAAAGGAGGAAGAGAGAAAGGAGGCAAUAAAAAAAAAGGCAGCGGACGGGCGAACUGAGCGAGCGAAAGAAGAGGAGGAGGAGGCAGAAAAAGGCAACUUCAGACGGAAAGUUGGUGCGAACUGGCGCAGUCUGCAAAAACGGAAAAGUCGAUCGCAGGCGGCGGCAGCAUAAAAGUGUGAGCUGCCCCGGCGAGCUCAGGAGGCGGCGGCUGGCUCUGUCCUCCCGGUGGCCGCGCCGGCGCGGGCUGCAGCCACAGGUGCGAAGGAGCUCGCGGGGGGCGAGGGCGCCCCGCGCAUCCCUCCCCCGGCCCCCACCCCGGGCUCGGGACUUCGGCUCAAGUCACUGGGCGCCCGCGCUCCCUCCCCAGCCGCAGCCUCCGCGGGGGGAGCAGGAGUCGGCAGCAGAGGCCAGCGCACGCCCGCCCAAGGGAGUUGGGGUUCGCAGGGGUUUGUUUUCGGCUCUGAAGAGGUCCCCGCCCAACCUUCAAAAUUCUGUCCAAAAGCAGACAAGAGGAUCGCCCCGCGCUGAGCCGGCUGGUGGGCAGCAGGAGGCGCCUGAUCGCCGCCGGGGCGCUGGGGGUGGUGAUGGUGCUGCUGCUGGUGAUCCUCAUCCCGGUGCUGGUGAGCUCGGCCGGCACGUCGGCGCACUACGAGAUGCUGGGCACCUGCCGCAUGGUCUGCGACCCCUACGGGGGCACCAAGGCGCCCAGCACUGCUGCCACGCCCGACCGCGGCCUCAUGCAGUCCCUGCCCACCUUCAUCCAGGGCCCCAAAGGCGAGGCCGGCCGGCCCGGGAAGGCGGGUCCGCGCGGGCCCCCCGGAGAGCCCGGGCCGCCGGGCCCCAUGGGGCCCCCGGGCGAGAAGGGCGAGCCGGGCCGCCAAGGCCUGCCGGGCCCGCCCGGGGCGCCCGGCCUGAACGCGGCCGGGGCCAUCAGCGCCGCCACCUACAGCACGGUGCCCAAGAUCGCCUUCUACGCCGGCCUCAAGCGGCAGCACGAAGGCUACGAGGUGCUCAAGUUCGACGACGUGGUCACCAACCUCGGAAACCACUACGACCCCACCACCGGCAAGUUCACCUGCUCCAUCCCGGGCAUCUACUUCUUCACCUACCACGUUCUGAUGCGCGGAGGGGACGGCACCAGCAUGUGGGCUGAUCUCUGCAAAAACAACCAGGUGCGUGCUAGUGCAAUUGCCCAAGACGCUGAUCAGAAUUACGACUAUGCCAGUAACAGUGUGGUUCUUCAUUUGGAGCCGGGAGAUGAAGUCUAUAUCAAAUUAGAUGGCGGGAAAGCCCAUGGAGGCAACAACAACAAAUACAGCACGUUUUCUGGAUUUAUUAUUUAUGCUGACUGAUAAUGCAGAAACUAAGCUUAUUAUUCUGAGUUUGAACACUGGAUUCGUAUGGCUAACGUCAGUGAAUCAAGGAUCCCAGGGGAUGCCAAUGGCAGGGCAUCUCAGUUGUGUAUAUGUGGGGAAAUCAAAUGCUACCUGACUCACAUCUGUAUCACUCAGAAACAUUGUGUAAAAAAUAUCAAAGCAAGAUAAGCAGAUGUGUGAUCCACUUCCGCCAAAGCAAAUACUCCUUAUUGUUAGUGUCCAUGUGAAUGAAGUCCUAUAUAGAUCACAAAUUUUUAUAGACAAAUCUAAGACACUGAAUUAUUUCUUCUAUAUAUAUGAUACUUUGGUGUACUGUGAUCUUGCUGCUUUUAUCCAUACGUCAGCUUUGGUUCUUGUGAGUUUACCUGCUUAUUAUGAUACUUGGAGUCCAUUCAUAGUGUGGGGAAGAAUUUUUACCCUGCAGGAGAAGGUCUAAUUGAAAUAAUGCUGCUUGUCCCCAAAGAAAUUGUUUGCCUUGUACUCUUGUUAACUUUAGAGCUAGACCUGGGAAUGAUUCAACUUCAAGCCUUAACCUGGAAUUUUCUGGAUUUGAGGGAAUUCCCAAGCCUAUGAUCAUUUUCACAUUUUCUUUUUCUUAUAUGAAUUUUCUUUUCUCUCUUUUCUGGUGAUAGUCUUUAAAAAUAGAGAUUGACAGUGUAUC